GGACCAAAGUGGCAACGCUGGUUGUAAUUUUAGUAAACAAACUCUCCGUAAACAAAACAUUCAAAUAUUGUAGUAAUUUACAAAAAAUAUGUCUAUAUAUUUGAUUUGUUUGACUACGAAUGGAGGAUUACCAAUUUUAACUCGCAAAAAAGGUAAUUGUGAGAAUUUACCAUUUUCAACGAUUGCUUCUUUGAAUGGAUUGCAUAUGUUCUUCAAAUCUUUAGGGGUUGCAUUGUACACUACUUAUGCUAAUAACUGGACUUAUGUGUGGCACGAUUUUUUCAAUGCGAUUACAGUUAUCAUUUGUUCCUGUGGCAUCAGUAGAUAUACGGCUGAAUUGUUGCCAGAACUUAUUUUUGGUGCAUUUUCAUUAUUUAUCAGCAGAGACGAGAUGUCCCAUCCAUCCCUAUUAGAAAGACUGAAGAAGGAGUCCAAAAAUUAUCUACGUCUUAUUGACGGUAUACUAGAUACGUGUAUAAGUCAGCUUUUAGGAUUUUCUAAUUGCUUGCUCUCCACCGAAAAUGCUCAAAUGUUACAAUUCCUGAAUGAAGAGUUUAGUACACAAUGCGGCUCUUUGUUUUGUUCUCUCGUUGUUGGACAUAAAAUAGCUGUGGCAACCGAGGGCUGGUGGGAUUUAGAUAUUAUCGAUAGACAGCUGUUGAUUUUAUUUCUACAAACUUCGAGUUCUCUACAAAAUGAUGUCGUAGUUUAUUUGCCGAAAAAGAGUCCUAAUGUGGCAUACCGUUUCGUUACACUGUCUAUUUCAGCAAACAGUGCUUUAUGUGUAAUUUGUGGUGCUGAGCCCACAUUACGUAGCUUACAUGAAAUUGCAGAAAACACUUUUCGUGGAGAAUCAAACAUAUUACAUAGUAUGGAGAGAUUAAUACCGGGAGGUUUGCCAGAACAUAUUGGAUUGGAUUCGGGCAUUGUAGCCAUUAUUAUUGCCAAUAUAAUGACACGCAAAUGUGUAUUUUCAUCUAAUAUACAUCACAGUGCAUCAACAACACGUUACCUCGGAGAUUUUUAUAAUAUGGAUGUAUUGAAAACUUUUUUUGAUGAUUCCUUUUCGAACGCCUUGUAUUAUAGGAGUAACUUAACAACAAAUAAUGUUUGCGAAUUAAGCAGUCAAUAUUGGUCAUUGGACACUCAUAAGUGUAUAUCACAUUUUGAUUUAAAUAAUAACAUAGUUUGUUUAUUAUUUAUUUCAUCUAUACCAAUGCACACUAUGAAAUCGCUUCCUAAAAAUGGUUACUAUUUGAUGAAUGAUAUGCGACUGGAUAUGGUUCAUACAUUUAACGAUCUUGGUAUUUUAUUGGACAGACGAUUAGACUUUCGUGAUCAUAUAUCGAGGACAAUAAAUAAAGCAACUGGUGUACUGGGCUUUAUAAAACGCUGGGCAAAGGAGUUUUCUGAUCCAUAUACAACAAAACAAUUAUACACAACUCUUGUUAGACCAAUUCUCGAAUAUGGUUCUGUUAUAUGGGAUCCGACAUACAAUGUACAGUCCAAUUCGAUCGAAUCUGUCCAAAAGCAGUUUCUUCUAUUUUGCCUCCGUGGACUUGGAUGGAAUAUUAAUGUCAGAUAACCUCCAUAUAAAAGUCGUCUUGCCUUAAUUAAGCUUCCUACACUCCACAGUCGAAGAAAAAUGCUCAACAUAACCUUUUUAAUCAAUCUCAUCAAUGGAAAACUACAUUCUGAGCUUCUUAUUAGUAAAAUCAAUAUAAACAUACCUCAGCGUCCAUCGAGAUAUUACCAGUUUUUGAUUGUAAAAUAUUUUCGUUCUAAUUAUGCGAAUUCAGUUCCAUUCCGCCGUAUUUGUAUUGAAUUUAAUAACCUAUAUCAUAUUAUAGAUUUUAAUAAAAGCGUGGAUAUUAUUAGUAGAGAUAUAAUAUUUUACUAUAACAAUUAAUUCUACUA